AUGAUUCUGCCAGAUGAGUACAACAAAUAUGGAGUUGAUGGACAUGAAUCCAACCAAUUUGAAGACAAGGACACUAUCAAACAGGAAAGCACCAGGCAGCUUUUUAGUAGACUCGAUCUCAAGCGCAAACUUAAAUUACAAGAUUUUCUCCAGGUUACAUUACCAUCGUUGCAGACAUAUGAACCUUGUGAGGAGAAGAACUUGGUUCAAUCUUUCAUAGAGCGACUACUAAUGAUGGAUUACAGAGCAAGACAAAUUCACACACAACUGGUCAUUGCAUCAGAUGAUUGUGAAGACAUUUUCAAGAGGUAUGCACCUGAUGAUAAAGGGAAUAAAAUACACCCUGUUCACCCAAUGGACAUUCAGAUGGCAGUGUUUCUCCAUGCAGAUCAUUUUCUUCGCCAGCUCAUAGUAACCAAACUCUCACAGUGUCAGUAUGCUGUUCCUCUGCUUGUGCCCAAUCCUUUCUACCAAAAGAUUGAGUUUCCAUUAUGGACCUUCCGACAAAUCAAGAAGAGUUGGAAGUUAUAUGAGAAGAAUGAAAGCAAAAGUCAGGCAAUAUACCAGGCAGAGACACCUAUGGUUGCAUUUUUCAGGUUGUCAGAAGUUUCUACAUCCAAAUCUCAAAUCAUAAGCAGUUUGAUCAAUGAACGGCAUGAGACUUUCUUUCACAGGCACUGCCGUGGAAGCAGCAAAUCUCGUCUGCUGAUGGACGGAGUUGUUGAGAUUGCCUGGUAUUGCCCGUCUGGAGAGAAGACGGAUAAAUUUAGAGAUUGUGUUGCGUUCUGUAAUCUUCAUGGUGAUGCACAAGGUCAUGAGACACAGCUAAAAAUCCUCACUGAAGAGUCCUCCAUAAAUGUUGUGAUUUUGCCUCAUCUGGAUAGAAGUCACAGAAGUAUGACAAUUGUGGAGGAGCUGUACAAGAAUGCAAAGCCUCUCAUUUGUCUCCUUACUGAAGAGGAUGUAAUUGCUACUAAAAAACAAAGGGGAAAAAUAUAUAUAAUCGGCUUGAAAGAUAGAAAUAAGUCUGAUGUAUCUGAGGAACUUAGAAGAACUAUCAAUGAGUGCCUUUCUGAACAACUGCCUCUACUAAAACUUGGAGAUUUGGUCAAUUACACAGGAAUUAUAGUGGAUGAGAAUGAGGAUGACUGCAAGAGUGGAAAAGACGCAGCGGAGCAGAUGAUAGAACUAUUAGAAGGAAACAAUGUGUCCAAAAUCAAAGAACAAUUUUUGCCUUGUCAGGGAAAAUUGUGGCACGAAUGGUGUCUAAAAAACAAAGAACUGCAUCGACCUCAAGGAAACAACAUUGAAAUGCAUAUUAUUCAAAAACAAACGGAGAUGAAUAAAAUUCGAGAGCAGCAGAGAGCAUCUGGUGUCAGUAAUUUAAUGAAAUUGUUCACUGAGAAAAGUUCCAAAAACUCUGACAAGAUGCUGAAUUUCUUAAAAUGGCUUGGGAUACUUCUAGAUGAGUAUACUUCGGAAGACCUUUCUGCACUUUACCGAAAGUAUGAUGAAAAAUGGUCAAACGUUUUGGAUCUGAAAAAGAAACAUGACAAAUCUAACCAAUUUACAGACGAACAAAUACAACUAGAAAAACUGUCAGAACAACUUAAUGCAGCAACAUUUGGCUUGGAACACUUGCUGAGAGAGAUUGGCCAGAUAUAUGAAUCAUGGAAUGAAUCAGUGGAAAAUAAUACUAAUAUAAGGAAGCAAUUCAAUGUAAGUUCUUUCCCACAAGUUGCUGCAGAGCUUAUGGUUUCUGGAUACCCAUUGGAGCUGAUGGAUGGUGAUGCAGCUCAUGUUCCUCUGAUUUGGGUUAAAGCUGUUCUAGAUGAGCUUAUCAAGAUACUAGGAGACCAGAGAGUCUUUGUCUUGUCUGUUUUGGGGAUUCAGAGUACUGGCAAAUCCACUUUGCUGAAUGCCAUGUUUGGAUUGCAGUUUGCAGUCAGCGCUGGCAGGUGCACCAGAGGAGCCUUCAUGCAACUGGUCAAGGUGUCAGAAGAACUGAAAGAAGAUUUACAUUUUGAAUACCUUCUUAUUGUUGAUACUGAGGGGCUUCAUGCACUGGAAUUAGCUGGCAGGUCAACAAGACAGCAGGACAAUCAAUUGGCAACAUUUGUGGUCGGUGUUGGAAACAUAACUUUGAUCAACAUCUUUGGAGAAAAUCCAGCAGAGAUGCAGGACGUCCUUCAGAUUGUUGUUCAAGCCUUUUUGAGAAUGAAAAAGGUGCGACUGAAUCCCAGCUGCAUGUUUGUGCAUCAGAAUGUUGGAGAUAUCACAGCUGGCGAGAAGAACAUGGUAGGAAAAAGACGUUUACAAGAGAAACUGGAUAAGAUGACUCAGUUGGCUGCUAAGGAGGAAGUCUGUGAUGCUGAAUGUUUCAGUGAUGUCAUUAAAUUUGAUAUAAAGUCUGAUGUGCGGUAUUUUGCCCAACUCUGGGAGGGUAGCCCACCUAUGGCUCCACCCAAUCCACGCUACAGUGAAAAUGUGCAGGAACUUAAGAACGCUAUACUCUCUCAUGCUUCUGAAUCUAAUGGUGUAACACUGGCACAAUUCAGAGACCGUAUUGGUGACCUUUGGAAUGCACUUAUGAAUGAAAACUUUGUUUUCAGCUUUAAGAAUACUCUGGAGAUUGCGGUGUACAGAAAAUUAGAAGAGGAGUAUGCAAAGUGGACCUGGAGUCUCAGGAGUGCCAUGCUGGAGAUUGACGAUAAAUUGCAUAACAGAAUCAACAAUAGGCAACUCCAUAAAGUUGAAAGUAGAGACCUGGUGCAGGAGAUGGCAGAUACCACUAAAAAAGUCAACAAGUCUAUGAAACUUUACUUCGAAGAACACAAAGACAAUGACAUACUGAGUCAAUGGAGAUUUCAAUUUCAAGAGAAAAUUAAAGAAUUAAAUUCUGAGCUUGUGAACGAAUCAAAAAGAAGGCUAGAUAACAUAAUACAACAAAGAGAAGCUCUUGCAAAACUGGACAGGGAGAAAACUUUGUGUGAAAGGAAACUCUUUGAGAAAGCAAAAGAUCUUGCUUCUAGGCUCAAAAGGGUGGAGUUUGAUCAGAAAGCCCUGACUAGAGAGUUUGAUUCAGUGUGGGUAAAGUGGGUCUCUGAACUAGCAGGGAGUGUUCCACCUUUUAAAGAUGUCAACAUAGAAGAUGAUAUAAUUACAAUCCUAAAUGAAAUUUAUGGAGCAUCACUUGUGACUGAAAGAUUAACCAAAUACAGUAACAAUAUUGAAAUUACUGAUUUCACCACUUCUGUAAAUUUCAUUGAAAGUACCAAAUGUUUUAAUGGCUCCAAAGCAUUAACACCAAAUGACCAAGUGUCUAUAAAGACAUUGGUGCAAAGUAUCAUUCGUAAAACUGAGAACCAGGUCAGGUCGAAAUCAGUUGCAAAGAUGGGUUACAAACCAAGCUACAUUCAAGAAAUUGAACAAUUAAUAAAAAGGAAUGUACAAGAACAUAUGUGUAAUUGCACUAAAUAUGAAUUCAAGAAAGAGUUCAUUGUGGAUUUGACAAUUUAUGUGUGUGAAAAGGCAGGCAUGAUGUUUAAAGAACUUCAUCAUCUCUACAUGGAGUCUAAUAAUCCAUUGAUUUAUUUAGAGAAAAAGAAACCUGAAUUCUACAGCGUCUUUCAAGGUUUCUGCAGAGGUGUAACAUCCGCUGCCGUUUUUGGAUCCUUGAUUUCUCGUGAACUGAAAGAAGCCUUUAUCCAGAGUGUCUACAACAAAACUGCGAAUGAUCUUGCAGGAGAGAUGGGGACAAAUAUUCCAGCUUUCCAAGGCAACAGAUCCAACCUGGAGAAACACAUUCUGAAAACCUUAGCAGAGGAGGAGGACUUUGACAAGUUUAUUAAGUACAUUCAUCAUCCCAGAGACUACUUUGAAGAUUUUAUCAAAGCUCAAGUUAAAGCAUACAUAACAGGAGAGAAUUCCUCAGCUCUUGCCAUUUUAAAAACAAACAUUAAACACAAAGAGCAACGUGUUAUUACAGCUGCUGAAACAGCAACAGGUAAGGUCAAGGGUAAAAGAGGAGAUGCAAAUAUGUGGCUGGAUGUUUUCUCAUGCUGUUUGAAAGAUGAGCUUGAAUACAAAAACAAACAUCUGAUAGGUGACAGCUGUCAGGACAUCACUGACUUUGAACUUCUAGAAGAGGUUUUAAAGAAAGAACUUUGCCACAUAACAGAAGAUCUAAACAAAGGCUUGACAAACCCCUCUGAUAUUAAAAUGAAAAUGUUCAGGAAACCACCAGAUGAGAUUUUGAUUGAACAUUUCUGUAAGUGCUGUUGGGUUCAAUGUCCUCUCUGUAAAGUUGUCUGUGUUAACACAAUGGAAGACCAUAAUGGAGAUCAUAUUGCUCCCUUUCAUCGAAACACUGGGAUGACAGGGGGGAAAUAUAAGAAUACAAACAUUUUUUGCGUCAAUUUCUGCACAUCUUUAGUGGCAAGUGACAUGUUUUUUUACCCACGUGAUGAUUCAGAUGAUACAGUUUUAUGUAAGGAGUAUAGAACCGCAGGUCCUGAGUUUGCUAACUGGUCCAUCACACCUGAUCUCUCAGAGCUGCCUUACUGGAAGUGGUUUGUGUGUAGAUUUCAGGAUGAUUUGGAAAAGCGCUAUGACAAAACUUUUGAUGGUGAAGGUACAAUUCCAGAAAAUUGGAGGUCCUUUACAAAAGAGGAAGCUAUUGAAUGUUUGGAUAAAUACAUCUAA